UAGGAGGGAGAGAGAGCUGAGGAGAACCAAGCUUUUGUUUUAAAACACACGUACUUCCACUAUGAGCAAGUGUGUCAAGAAAUACCAUGGAAAAAUAACUGUAAGACAAAUGACCAUGGAAAUGGUUGAAUCACAACAAGAUGGAAGUGCUGCAGAGUCUGCAGCAGAGAGUGAUGCUGUUCGCAUGCAAAACCUGCCAGGCCAAAGUCAGAUUCCUCCCAUAGCUCAGGUUUCUGUAGCUGGAUCAAGUGCUGGAAGAGGCUCUCCAGCUGUAACUCUAGUGCAGUUGGCUUCUGGACAAACUGUACACGUCCAGGGAGUGAUUCAAGCCACACAGCCAUCAGUUAUUCAGUCGCCGCAAAUGCAGGCUGUUCAGGUAGCACCAGCUGCAGAUGCAGAUGAGUCUGCAGAAUCUGAAGGUGUAAUUGAUUCUCAAAAACGCAGAGAAAUACUAUCAAGAAGGCCUUCAUAUCGAAAAAUUCUGAAUGAACUAUCUUCCGAUGCUCCUGGUGUUCCUAAGAUUGAAGAGGAGAAGUCAGAGGAAGAAGGAGCACCAUCUGGAAUCCCUGCAAUGGGAGUGCCAACCAGUCUAUAUCAGACUAGCACAGGGCAAUACAUUGCUAUAGCCCAAGGUGGAGCAAUCCAGAUUUCUAAUCCAGCAUCUGAUGGAGUCCAGGGAUUACAAACAUUAACAAUGACGAAUUCAGGAGCUCCUCAGCCUGGUGCUACAAUUGUGCAAUAUGCAGCACAGACACCUGAUGGCACACAGCAGUUUUUUGUACCUGGGAGCCAAGUUGUUGUCCAAGCUGCUACUGGAGACAUGCCAGCUUAUCAGAUCCGAACUCCUACCACUGCCUUGCCUCAAGGAGUGGUAAUGGCAGCAUCACCGGGAACAUUGCACAGCCCUCAGCAGCUAGCAGAGGAGGCAACACGCAAAAGAGAGCUAAGACUCAUGAAAAAUAGUUCCCUAACUGCAGAAGGAAAGGACAGUACUCUCUUGUCCCAGAGGCGUAUUACAGGGAUGUAAGCAUUACAGAUCGUGAAAUGCUGAACUAUUAUGGUAGCGGAAGCUUAACAGAUAUGGUCCAAGGACUGAAAGAAAGACUUUUCCACUUCUUCAAAUCUGGAAACGUGAACAGCUUCCCAGUAACUUGAGAGAUACCAGAAUUGUUACCAUAUUCAAGAAAGGAGAUCGAUGAGAUUGCAGUAAUUUUUGUGGUAUUGUAGUCCUUUCCAGAGCUGGGAAGAUCCUCACCUGUGUUCUUCUCAAUACACUCACUUUUCUUGCCAAAGAGAUUCUAAGCAAGUCCCGGUGUGGUUGCAGACCACUCAGCGAUAUCAUAGUGAUGUCUUUGGAAAAUCCUCCAUAUCAGCUGUAAGGACAGAAGAAUGAAUGCCAGUGCUCGGGCUCACGUAAACACCACCAGCAUUGAAGCCAUGUAUAUACAGCACCAACUCCUUCGGACAGGACCUGUCAUAAGAAUGCCUCCCAAGUCUCACCAGUGGUCACUGCUCUAGAGGUAGGCUAAGGAAGAGACACAAAGACACCUUGAAGGCCAAUCUGAAGAAACGUGAUAUUAACAUUAAUUUGUGGGAGCUUGAAUCAGCACUGAAUCAUCUCUAGUGGUGCUGUGACGUAUAACAGGGAAUCAGCGAUUUAGAGCAAACGCCUCACUGUGGAGGCAGACAGACGAGAGAGACCAAGGGAAAAUGCUGUGACCUGACAUCACCAGGACCUGCUUCAUCUUUCCAGAACUGUUUGCCACAUCUGCAGUCAAACAUGGGUUGGCCUCCUCAGUCAUCUACAGGCUCACCAGUGACUUCCCUAUUUACUGGAAGACUGUCAUCCUCAUGUCGAGGGACUGCUGCCACUGACAGAAAAAAUGUACUUUUUUCCUCUGUGCUAUACUUGUUUUGCAUUUGUGGGACUUUUCCCUGAAGCUGUAGGGCUUUGCUUUUUUUUCCCCUCAAGAAGGCACUGCUUCUCCCUGCUCUUCAGACUCAUUCCCAUCAGAUCUGUAAACAAAACAGGCAGCCCUUCUCAUUCCCCUUGCCCUCUAUGUAGAUUUUCACAAGCCAAGCUUGGCUUGAUGCCAGUUCAUACAAUUGGAGAAAGGGGCAAAAAUAGCAAGCAAUUGCCAAAUGGCUAAUUGGUAGCAGCCUGGAGUGAACAGCUAGCUGUACAGCACAUGUUAAUAUAUUUUUCUUGAAAUGUGCAGUUAAGCUUCAUUCAGGCUGCUGACAGAUGUGUGAAAAACCAAAAAAAAGCACUUGACCGGAAGAACUAGCAUGUUAGUUCAACUCAGCUCCC